UCAAGGCGCGUUCACCACCACCACGACCACGCGUGCGACACGUGGUGGCUGGGUGGGGAGUUGUGUUGGUUUCAGUCGUUCGCUCGUGUUUUUUUUCGUUCACAAUGAAGCGCCGUCGGGGAAUGAAGAGGGCGGACAUCGUCAAGUCGCUGUCCAAGCGCCAGCGCAAGCAUCUCAAGCAGUUCGGGGAGGAGCACCCGGUCACAGAGGGGGCUUCCAAGCGAGCGUUUUCUGAUGCUGCCCCUAAAGUGGAGACGCUUUUGGACGAGGGCGAGUCGAGCGCUUCAGACGAGGUGGACGAGGAGUUGGAGGCAGCAGCGGCGCCCUCACACUACCAGCAGCUAAUCGGCUUGCUGGGUGGCAACGAAGCCGAUCCCGAGACCAGCGACGAGGAGGAGGAAGAGGAGGAGGAGGAAGAGGAGGAGGAGGAGGAAGAGGAGGAGGAGAAGGGAGAGGGGGCAGUGUCACGCACACCGUCUCUGCAGGUCGACGAUUCCGCUGAGGAGGAGGAGGAGGAAGAUGAAGGGGAAGAUGAAGAGGAGGACGAUGUUCUCAGCACUGAUGCAGAAGAGGGCAGCACGGAAGCCAACCGAGGCGACGGUAAAGGAAAAGGGGGCAGCACAGACUCGGACGCUAGCAGCACCGACGCAGAGGAUGAAGCCGUCAAGGCGAAACUGGGCAGCACGAAAACCAAAAAUGGCGUCGCCAACUCAAAGGGGGGCAGCCGCAGCUUGAAGGCAGCGCAGCAGAAGGGGAAGAAGGAGGCACCGGGCAAGGAGUCGCCGGAGGUGGAGGCGGGCGACUUGGCGGGCUUCGAGGGCCAGUUUGUGGAUCGCGUGCACGCCAAGGCCUUCAGCCUGGACACGGUCGUCCCAGUCCAGAGUGGUGCGGAGGAGGAGGAGAAGGUGGAGGGAGACGUGAUGCAGGUGUCUUCAGAAGAUCCGUUCGUGCAGCACCUGGCGUACGAGCUGGAGCCGGGGGAGGUGAAGACGCUGCUCGACCGAGGCAACCGGAGUACGGAGAUCGUGAAGUGGCCGUGCCUCGGGCAGCUGCACUGCUCGUGGAGCCUGGAGAAGCAGGCCGGGGCCCCCCGCUUGGGGACAGGGGCAGCGCCGCUCGCCCUGCACCCCCCCCUCGAGCGCACGUGGAGACACGUGAACGCCCAGGCUCACGGCGACGGAAAGCCGGUGAAGCCAGACUCUCCUGCGCCGUUCUUCACGCCGCUGCAGCAGGAGCUGUGGUCGCUGUUCACGUCGUACCGCGACCUCUUCUACCCCGAGCGCUCGCCGCUGGGCUCCGGCGAGGACGUGCGCCGCCUCUACUGCCUGCACGUGCUCAACCACGUGCUCAAGGCCAACGGCCGCGUGCUCGCCAACAACGGCGUGCUGCAGCGGCGCGCCGAGCGGCGCCGCGAGGCCGAGAGCAGCAGACGAGGCCGCGGGGGGCGCAAGCGGAGAGGCGGCGGAGCCAGGAAGGACGUCGCCGCAGAGGGCGGUGCCGGACAACUUGAGGAUAAAGCGGAAGACACAAACGACGUCGAUGAUGAUGAUGAGUUCCGGGACCAGGGCCUCACCCGUCCGAAGGUGCUGGUGGUGGUGCCGACGCGCGACGCGGCGUGGCGUGUGGUGACCACGCUGGUGGCGCUGCUGGGUGGGGACGGCCGCGAGGGAGCGCCGCGCGUCGAGGUCAGCCACCGCGCUCGCUUCACCCGCGAGUUCGGCCGCGACCCCGGCGAGGAGCAGCCGCACAAUCUGCGCCGGCCCGACGACUACCUCGCCAUCUUCUCUGGCAACAACGACGACCACUUCCGCUUCGGGAUGGCGCUGCUGAAGCGAGGCGUGCGUCUCUACGCGCCAUUCUACGCGUCGGACGUGGUGGUGGCGUCGCCCCUGGGCCUACGCACGGUGCUGGGGGCGCCGGGGGAGGCGACGCGAGACUUCGACUUCCUCUCGUCCAUCGAGCUGCUCGUGCUGGACCAAACCGACGUCUACCUCAUGCAGAACUGGGAGCACGUCAUGCACUUGGCGGCGCACGUGAACCUGCAGCCGCUGGAGCCGCACGGCGUGGACUUCUCGCGCGUGCGGCCCUGGAGCCUGGACGGCCACGCGCGCCACUACCGCCAGACGCUGCUGCUGAGCGCGCUGCCCCACCCGCUGCUGCACGCGCUCGUGUCACGGCACGCCAGCAACUACCGCGGCCAGGUGCAAGUGAGGAACACUCCAUUGCUGGGCUCCAUCAGCCAGGUCGUGGUGCAGCUCCCGCACGUGUUUCAGCGAAUCGAGGCCGACAGCACCACUGAGAUUGCCAACGCCAGGUUCGCUUACUUCGUGGAGCACGUGCUGCCCCAGUACCGCGACGCCGUCAUGGCGCACACCAUGGUGUUCGUGCCGUCGUACUUCGACUACGUGCGCCUGCGAAACCACCUGGCGCGCGAGGGCGUGCGCGCAGCGCACGUGUGCGAGUACACGCCGUCCGUGCGCGUCGUGCGCGCCCGCAAGAGCUUCCUGCGCGGCGUGCGGCCCUUCCUGCUCUACACGGAGCGCUUCCACUUCUACAAGCGCUACUCGAUCCGUGGCGUGCGCCACCUCAUCUUCUACGAGCUGCCCACGUACCCGCACUUCUACAGCGAGGUGUGCAACAUGCUACGCGCGGCGUCGGCGGCCGACGCGGAGUCGCGGGCGGCCAACGCCGCGUGGACCUGCACGGUGCUCUACUCGCGCUACGAGGCGACGCGUCUGGCCGCCGUCGUCGGCGCCGCCCGCGCCGCUCACAUGCUCGCCUCCUCCAAGAAGACGCACCUCUUCGUCACCGGCGACGAUUCCUCCGCCGGCGUUGCCGCUGGGCAGGCCUGAUGACGGCUUCCACGUUUAAUAUGAAUAACAAAAACUUUGAGCUUACGUAGCUCUUUUUCAGAAGUGACCUGGCUAUCGCAAUUGAUAGCUCAACCAAAAUGGCUUCUCGUCACACGGAAAUUUAUAGCAGCGAAAUACUCGUGCGUGUUUGUAAAUGUGGAGGGAAAAAGCGGCCAAGGGAGAGAUGUCCCUUUCUGGUCGUGGUCGGGAGGCUCUGCGUCUGGCACUGCUACGAAGAGCUUGGGUUCAAGUUUAGGUUGAGGCUACCCACGAUUUCAACCAGAUUUUCUAAUUCACGGAAGCUCAUGGUUUCAUCCUGGUCACCAUUUAUUUUUUUAUCCCAUCGCGGUCAAUGUGGUUUGCAUUUAGUGUUCCAGAUUCCAGCUCUGAGAAUAGAAUAUUUCGAUUUGAAAUUCAUGCCCACAAUUGCCUCUUUAGCAGGACAUGAGAAGGUCCACCUCUUAUGAGGCGAUUUGACAAGACUUAAUUCAGAAAGUAGUUCCGUGAUCCCAUUUGCCCAUGGUCCGCUCGCUUUAAUUAUACGAUGGCGCUAGCAGCAAGAAAUUCGAAAUUUCAUCAAAUGACAAUCAUUCAUUAUUAAAAUUUUCACGCUCGUGGAUUGAACUUUAAGAGGCGCGGGAAAAUAGCGAAGUCUUCAGAUUCCGACAGAAGGACAACACCAACGCCGAUGUGUGGUCGAGUGAGAAGUAGAUUUAAUUCCAGGCGACGAGCUGCGACGGAGAAACGACGUUCGCCUCGUCCGGUUCGAGAGACGGGGCUUGACAUGGAGGCCACUGGGGGCAGAUCGGAGGUAGCGAGAUGGAACGUACGAUGAGAAAAGCGGAAGCUGAACCGUCUGAUUGAUAUCGAUGUCACAGUUGUCAUAGUUCAAAAAAGAACAAUGUUUUUCAAAUUAAAAUAACAUUUUUCCAGAUGGUCAACAAUGUGUUAAGGCUGGUUAAGCUGUACAAACUGUCAGUUACAUCUGUGCUGUCGUCAUUCCACUAUGAUCCACUGCUAAAUAAAGGCCUCCCCUAUGUUGUCAACGUUACAAGCUGGCUGUGGGGUGGGAGAUGCACAAUGGAUGACUGGUAUUGCUCAGUGACCAGGACGCAAACAUUUUUGAGGCCAAAACCGCGUUUUAUUGGGGACGUCCUUAAGGCAGUGGACAGAGAGCACACUGGCUUGGGGUACCCUGGCUACAGGGAAACACACCCUACUUAAAGUAGUGAGAGCUUGCCCGCUCGCAGCGUCAAGAGAACUCGUGUAGUCUCGCGCCGGUACAGCCUUGGGCCUGAAGGACAGCCUGCCUCUGGGAUAGACGCAGCGUCUCGUUCCAGACACUGUCUCCUCUCGGCUCCUUGGCUGCCUCUACAUUUUGCUGCUUGACUCCGGUUGUUGGCUGUGAGCAUUCCCCCAGCUUUGAGCGGCCACAUAGCACAAUUCGUCUUUGUAAGUGGCAGUUAUCCACCGUUCUUUAACAAAGAUCCCCCCCCCCCCCCCGUAUAGCCUGAACAAACUGUUGGGACAAGUGCUGUUAGCGAGCACCUAUGGAGGCCGGCAUGGCACACGAGGGGGUGGGUGGCCACCACCACGCUAGGCCGCCUUUGUCUCCCCAGUGGUGAUGUUUACACACCACACCAGGUACUCAUUUGAGGCCGAGUCGACCUAGGGGAGGGCUAUGACCAGUUCUGAUAACUGUCACUGGUGUUGGCUCUGAGUGGGAAUCGAGCUCGGGUCGAUGAGUUUGUAGCGCAGCGCGCUAACCGCUACACUACCACUCCCACCUUUCUUUAACCACAACACAUCUCAGUUCACACCCUUCUCAAGGUCAAAGUUCAUUAUACAAGUUUACCCGCUAUCGAGUUGUCUCUUCUCUCUUUGGAACAGCAACAGCGGCUCCUAAAGUAGGCUUUGGAAAAAAAAUGUAUAUUGCAAUAUGCUCCUCCAUCACACAAUGCUGCGGAAACAGAGUUGCAUGCAAGAAGGUUUUCAGAAAUCACCGAGUGUUUUACAUGAAAUGGAGCGAGGUCCUCUGAGCUGCAGACCGAAGCCUCACUUUUAUAUGGUUCUAGCCAUGAUUAAUUUAGGAGCACCUGCAAUCUAUUAUUCCUAGAAUCAUAACUGGAGAUGGGCACUUACAAUGCCAGCUGUUUAAUUGCCUACAAAUCCCCGAUCCGCCCCCAAUAAUCUGUCAAUGCACCGUUGUGGUCACAGCUCAAUAAAAUCUGUUUGUAAUUUCCAUUUAAAGGUAGUUUCUUUUGUCGGUCUACUUUGUAAGAGCUUUUGUUUUUCAUUCUGUCCCUCAACGGUCCACAUAGGGUCAUAGGCGAGCCAGUGUCUGCCCUCUGGUCCAGUCUGUCACGGUCCCACAAUGUCACUGCUCGGGCAACGCAAGUCGGCCCUGGACACAAAAUGAACAGCAAAAUAAAUCAAACUCGAGGUAAAAAAUGUAAUGCGUAUAAAUAAUAUUAAAAUAUAUUUCAAAGUUAACCGUAAACCCUUAAAAGGAAUAAAAACAUUAAGCGCUUUGAUGAGACGUAACUUUUGAGAAUAAAAUAGGAAAAUACUGGGAGGAACAUUGCUUUUUAGCUGAUAUUCUGAGUGCCGCUGGUGAUACAUCAUGUUGGACAAAUGUGUAGUUGGGAGGGGGGGCCUGUAUGAUUGUUACCUGUGUUCAGAAUGGUUUUCAGAGCUGAGAUGUAAAAACAAAUUGAGCAACGUGUACUGAUGCCAGGUGAUGCCUUCCAGAUGAAUCCCCCAGUAUAACGAUGCUUUGACAGUGCAAGAGAGAGAGCGACGUGGCAUUGAUUCUGUUAAAGUAUCCGAGGUGGUGCUCUCAUAUCAAUAAAAAAUUAACCCGUAAAAACAAAGUUUUUCACUAUAAAUCCUUUAUAUGCAUGGCAUCGGGGUGGCUAGAGUCCUCUCGUCCUCUGGCUUGAGAUGGCUGCCACCUAUGGGUCAGAUGAUUGUCUGCCACCAUUAAGCAAUUGGUAAUUAAAUAUUUAAAAAAAUUCCCCUAAACAGUGUAAAAUUUGGGAA